GGGGGGCACUCACACCCCAGAGCUGCUCCAGGGACUGGAGCUCUGGGAGCUCCCGAUAUUCCAGGAUCUCCCUGCUCCGGGGGUCCUGAAUUCCAGGAUCCCCCUGUUCUGGGAGUCCCAAAGCUCCAGGAUCUCCCUGUUCCAGGGGUCCUGAAUUCCAGGAUUUCUCUGUUCUGGGGGUCCUGAAUUCCAGGAUCUCCCUGUUCCAGGGGUCCUGAAUUCCAGGAUCCCCCUGUUCUGGGGGUCCCAAAGCUCCAGAGUCCUGCUCUGGGGGUCCCUCUCCUUCAGAAUCCCCCCACUCCCAAGGUCCCCCUGCUCCAGGGGGGUCCCACUCCGGCCUGCAGGAUCCCCCUGGGAUGUUUGGAAUGGGGGGGUGUGGCUGGAUGGUCCCGGAGCUGCAGGAAUUCCUCGGCACUGGGGGGGGGGGUCCUGCUGCUGCCUCCGGUCCUGACCCAUUCCGGGGGGGGCAGGGGCCUGUGACACACUGGGGCAGGGACCCCACAGGGUGUGGGACCAUGGAAUCCUCUAUCCCGUUCUCUCCCAGUUCAUACAGCCCGUCAAGGCAGUGGGAAAUUCCUGUUGGUGACUUUUCUCUUUAUCUGCAUCUCAGUUCAGUGUUCCCUGCCCCUGACGAAGUGACAGCGCAGCAGUUCCCACCUCCAGGGACACCUCUCACACCUCUCACACCUCUCACACCUCUCACACCUCUCUCACAUCUCACACCUCUCACAUCUCUCACAUCUCACACCUCUCACCUCUCACACCUCUCACCUCUCACACCUCUCACCUCUCACACCUCUCACCUCUCACACCUCUCACACCUCUCACACCUCUCACCUCUCACACCUCUCACAUCUCACACCUCUCAAAUCUCACACCUCUCACACCUCUCACACCUCUCACACCUCUCACCUCUCACACCUCUCACCUCUCACACCUCUCACCUCUCACACCUCUCACACCUCUCACACCUCUCACACCUCUCACACCUCUCACACCUCUCACACCUCUCACACCUCUCACCUCUCACACCUCUCACCUCUCACACCUCUCACCUCUCACACCUCUCACCUCUCACACCUCUCACACCUCUCACCUCUCACACCUCUCACCUCUCACACCUCUCACCUCUCACACCUCUCACCUCUCACACCUCUCACAUCUCACACCUCUCACACCUCUCACACCUCUCACACCUCUCACCUCUCACACCUCUCACCUCUCACACCUCUCACACCUCUCACCUCUCACACCUCUCACACCUCUCACACCUCUCACACCUCUCACACCUCACACACCUCUCACACCUCUCACACCUCUCACAUCUCACACGUCUCACACCUCUCACUGUGGCUGCUUGGAUCUCACCACGUUCCCCUGUCGAGUGUCUCCCAGGGCCAGAUAAACUUGGUUCCUGCAUCUCCCCCUUCUUUAUUUUGAGGCACUUAAAGUUAGAGCUGUAUGGACUUGUACCACCAAGGCCUUUUGUGUCACAGAUUUCAAUAAAUCUGCAAUGGCCUGACUGGUAGCAUUUGUCUGUUUUGCUAACCAACAUCCUAAUUUAUUUAAUGUGGCUAAAACCUUUGCAGCUGCUGCUCCGGGUGCUAGGAAAGAGGCAACAGUUCUUGUCCCCUAAU